AUGGCCGCCGCUGCGGGCGGCGGUGCGGCCGAUGAGGGCAGCCUGAGGGCGCUGUAUCGCUGGGUGGACGCUGUGCCGCUGUCCCGGCCGCGCAGGAACAUCGCCCGGGACUUCAGCGAUGGGGGGUUGCUGGCGGCCGAGGUGGUGAAGUUCUUCUUCCCUGCCAUGGUGCAGCUGCACAGCUUCGUGCCCGCCAGCUCCACGCCGCAGAAGUUGGCCAACUGGGGCCACCUCAACAGGAAGGUUUUGAGCAAGCUGAACUUCUCCGUCCCCAACGAGGCGAUCCGGCAGAUCGUGCAGUGCCGGCCGGGAGCGGUUGAGCAGGUGCUGCUGCUGCUGCGGCAGAAGAUCGAGGAGAAGCAGACGCAGGUGAAGGCAGUGCCUGGCCCGGCUCAGGAGCUGGGCCUGCAGGCAGCACAGGAGAUCAGCUACCUGGAGACGGGCAAGGCCGGCGGCUCGAAGGCGAGGAGCACAGGAGGGGGCUGCGCGCAGGAGACCCCCGCGGCACUUGGGGGGACCGAGAGCCACCAGCACCGCAUCCCGGCUGCAGGGGGUGACGCUGCUGCCAUCCGCCUGCAGCUGGCAGAGAAGGAGCAGGCGCUGCUCCUGGCGCAGGAGACGAUCCAGAUCCUGCAGAUGAAAGUGCGAAGGCUGGAGCAGCUGCUGCGCCUCAAGGACAUGAGGAUCGACGACCUGAGCCGCUGCCUGCAGCAAGCCCGGCGCCAGCAGCACUGAGCAGC